AUGGCUUCAGCAGCUACUCUCGCGUCCUGGUACCCCGACGGGACAGCCAAGGCCAAGCAACUGACAAACGCCAACGUCUUCGAGCGCAACCUCGAAGCAGCCCUCGACCUCCGCCGUGCCGAGGGCGGCUUCUUCAAGAUCCAGAAGGGCCUCCCCGCGCCGGAUAGCGUCGACUUCAGCACGCUGGACGUGCUGUCCCUUACGUCGAGCGGCACCAUGCGCCGCGCGUACCUGGAGGAGCUGGCGCGCCACCCGGAGUUCAAGCUCAACGACGGCAGCUCGCGGCUGAUGAGCGACAGCGAGUACACGGACGCGGCGGAGCGCGAGAUCGCCGAGUUUCAUGGUGCCGAGACGGCCCUGAUGCUCAAGUCGGGGUGGGACGCCAACGGCGCCAUCAUGACGGCCAUUCCGCGGCCGGGGGAUGCCAUCGUGUACGAUGAGCUGAUCCACGCCAGUGUGCACGAGGGGAUGAACCUGAGUCUUGCUGCCACCAAGGUCGCCUUCAAGCACAACGACGUCGACAGCUUCCGCGAGGUGCUGAUCAACAUCCGCGAGACGCAGAAGCUUAUCCGCGAGGGCAAGCGCUGCGUCCUCGUCAGUGUCGAAUUCGUCUACAGCAUGGACGGCGACGUCGUGCCACUCAAGGAGAUGGUGGUGAUCGGAAAAGAGAUCUUCCCCGAGGGCGUGGUGCAGUUUAUCAUCGACGAGGCACACUCUACGGGUGUCAUCGGUGAGGGUGGCAAGGGUCUCGUCAAUGAACUGGGGCUUGAAAAGGAGAUCGCCGUGCCUGCUGUCCUCUGCAGCUCUACAGUACGCCAAAUGCUGGUCAACUACGGCCGUGUUAUCAUCUAUUCCAAUGCACCCCAGUUCUCCAUCGUCGCUGCCAUCCGAGCGGCCUACACGUUCAUGAAGUCUGGGCAAAUCGAACCUUUACAAGCCCAGCUACAAAGUCGCAUCCGCUACUUCUACAAAGCCAUCACCUCCCGCCCCAUCUACGACGAAGCCAACGACGCCGGCAUCCUCUCCAUCCCCAACGCUGAGAACUGGGAGGCCGAGACGCUGCUGACGCACAUCUCGUACGUCCUCACCCGCCAGAAGUACACGCUAUACCUCUACUUCCACCUCCAGCUGGCCAAGUUCAUCGUGCUGCCCAUCAACUAUCCCGUCGUGCCCAAGGGCAAGUCACGCGUGCGCAUCGUGUUCCACGCCCGCCAUACCGACGCUCAGCUCGACGCCCUGGCAGAUUCGAUCUGCACUUGGGCAGAGGAGAUGUUGGCCAUCGAGGCGGCGGGAAAGAAGGCAAAUAAGGUGCCUACUGCUGCGCGCCAGGUCUACGCGGCGAGACAGGGUAUUGCGGCUGCUUGA